UUAUGCAAGCAACAAGUGACCAAGUAUAUAAAAAAAAAUUUACUUUUAGCAGGCUUUUGUAUCCUUAGAAAACUAUGAUGAUAUAGAUUUAAUAAGAAGCAAGUUCCCUCCUUUAGCAAAUAUCAAUAUUGAUCAUAAUUUAAAUAAUUUAAAGGACUGCAGAUUCUUUAUAAUAAGAACAUAAGGAGAAGAUAAUGUUCAUAGAGCUAUGAAAUAUGGAAUUUGGACAAGGUAAUGUAUAAAUUUAGGAAAAGCUCUUCUCGAAAAAAUGAAAGAUUAGAUGAGGCAUUCAGAAAUAAAAAGGAAGAUGUUUAUUUAUUCUUUACAGAAAUAAAUAGUAUGUGUUUUAGUGGAAUGGCUAAAUUAACAUCUGAAUUUAAUGCAAAAGCCCAUUUUAAAUAUUGGUUAAUUGAGAAUAAAUGGUUUGGGACAUUUCAGAUUUAAUGGGUAUUAGUUAAUAUUAUUUCAUCUCAGCUUUAUGUCAAAGAUAUACCAUUUAAACAUUUUGAUGAAAUUAAAUAAAUCUAAAAAUUAGAAGGUAGUGAAGAAACUUUAAAGUCUGUCUAUGAUCUAAUUGAUUGCACUGAACUGACUGUAGAUAAUGGCAUUAAAAUGGCAAGAAUUUUCUAAAUGGAAAAGACAAAUAAGAGUUUGUUUGAAGAAUUUCCUUAAUUGGAUAAAUUGGAAGUAUUUGAAAUAUAUAAAUUUAAGUUUUAAAGUAGAUAGGAAAGAACCAAUAAUAUAAGAUUUGAGAAAAAAUUUUAGGAAUUAUCAGCAGUCUUUGAAACUAUACCAUUCUCUUUUUCUGUAGCUUCAUAUGAAAGGAAAAAAACAAAUAGAAAAGCAUAAGGCUCUUAUUACUAGUCUCAAUAUGGCUAAUAAUUUUACUAUCAAUAACCUUAUCAAUAAUAUUAUUAGUAGCCAUUUGUUGGUAUAUAAUAUUUUAUAAAAUUAGGAUAUUAAUUCUAAUAAACUCCUUAAUAUUGGUAAUUUAAUAAUGGAUUUUAUUAAAAUCAAUAUUAAUAGAACUAAUAUAACAAUAAUAAUAAUAAUGAAUAAGGUUUCAACAAACAAUAAUAAUCAUAUGAAAAACAUCAACAUUUAUAAAAACAUUAUUCAAAUUAAUAAUAGCAAUCAAAUACAGUCUCUUAAUAAACUCAAUAAAACACAAAUUAAGAAAGUAAUUAGAAUGUUUAGAGUGUUCCCUUAGAAUAAAGAUUUCAAAUAAAUCAUUAAUAAUUACAAAAGAAAGGAAAGUUUGAUAAAAAUAGAAACAAGAAUAAUAAAGAUAAUAUAUAAUAUGUAGAAAAAAAUUCAACAGAAGCUCCUGUAUAAAAAUAUUGA